CUCUUGGGCCCUGGAGGCUCUGUUUCCACGCCCUGGUCAGUGCAUCCGGCUCUGGGGUGAAGUCCGAGGCCUCCUUUCUGCCCUCAAACAGGAACAAGCGGUUGCUGGGCAGGAAGCCUGAAGGGAAGUUAGGGGCCCCAGAGGCUCCUGCCCUCGCCCAGCAGGAUCUGCCCGCCCUGCCGAGCUGCCAGGGGGCUGGACACUGCCCACCUGCCUUUCCACCGUCCCCACACGCACCCACACCCUGCUCCUCCCCCGCCAUCGCUCUUCCGGAACAGAACCCAGAGCAGAACCCAGAACUGUCCGGGGCUGGAGAGGCCCAGGCGCCACCGUCAGCCCAGCGGGCGGAGGGAAGGGGGCGGGUCCCCACGGGGAGAUGGCACCACAGCCCCUAUGCCCGGCCGAUGAGCGGGGUGACGGAAGUGCCAGGGCAGGGCAGGGCAGGAGCGAGGCUGCUGGGCCUGGGAAGAUUGAGACAGAGGCCGGCUUUACCGAUGAGGAACUCGAGGCACGUGACUCGCCCCAGGCCACUUUGGCCGCUGGGCAGGGGCCAGGCUUGCUCUCUGGGACCGGUCUCCCGCGCCCAGCCCAAUGACAGCUUGUGGUGCUAUCCCAUCAGACUGCAUAUGGCCUUUCCUCUAUGCGAGCUGUGGGCUGGGGGGCCUCCUGGCUGUGGUUGUGGCUGUUCUGUCCGCCUGUCUGUGUCGGCUCCAUCGGAGAGUGAGGAAGCUGGAGAGGAGCUGGGCCCAGGCCCAGCUCCCCGAGCAGGAGCAGGAGCAGGAGCUCCACUACGCAUCUCUGCAGCGGCUGCCCUGCAGGGAGCCGCCUGGCCAUGGCCACCAGGAAAGGGAAGACUCCUUGCAGGACCCCGGCACCGACUACACCUGCGUUGCUGACAAGAAGCCCACCUGAGCACCUGCCCCCAGCCCUAGUGCAUCCUGUGGCUCACCCAGUAAACACCUUGGUCUCAAA